GGCAGCAGUCCCCGUAGCAGCGGAGGCCAAUCCCGCGGCCCCAGAGGAGGCAAUCGAGUUGGACUCAGAAGAGUCGGUGCCCAGUGCGCCAGGGCCCGCCCGGGAGGACUUGAUCGCGCAGGCGGCAGCGGCUGAGCUCAAGCUCUUUGUGCAGUGGCGCAUCUUCAAAAGCGACGGCGACCCCGGUGCGCUCAUUGCGGAGCUGUGCGGCAACCGCACGGUGAUUGCACCGCUUCCAAACGAGACGAAGAUGAUCAUCCACUGGGACCCGUACCAGGAAUAUGAGGAUCGUAUUGCCUUCAUCAAGCAGGUCGCGCUGGGGCUCUGCGCAGAGGAGCCCUUCGGUCACGAGGCCCUGCUGAUGACCUUCAGCAUGAGCGAAGGGGUCACCAAGGAGGUGACCAAGGGCAAGCAGCUGCAAUGGACCAGUCUGGAGAUGAUGCCGAACAUGGCCGACCUCAAGAAGCGGAGCAACUACCGCUAUGCGGCAGCCGGAACCAAGCGCCGCAGAACUUCAACUCUUGCUGAGAUGAGCAAGCUCAGGGGCCGGGAGACGUUGCUCCUGGGCCAGGUGGCAGAGGCGAAGGACUUGGAGGCGAAGGUGUUUCGCCACCUGGACUGCCCCAUGUUUCUCGGGCUUCAGGAUACGUCCGCUGGCUGGAUUCCCGUCCCGCUUCUUGACCCUAACGAUCUUGUCAUGGUGACGAAGAAAGAGAAGAUGGAGGCGCACGCGAAUUUGGUAUUGGACAAGAAGGACGUCUGCGCAGGCGCUGAUGACGAAGGUGUGGCGUGUGACCUAACGGAAGAUGACGUGCUUCCGCUCUGUUACAUGGAAAGGCCAACGGCCUUGCUGAAGGAGCUCUUGCACCAGACAAGCGCUGGCCGCGUCGUUUCAUUCAGUCCUGGCGCAGCGGAUAUCAUGGAAGCUGCCAUCGACAUGAGAAAGCAGAUCACUGUGAUGUGCGUCUCCGUCGAGCAAAAAGAGGUCGUCGAGAGAACCCUGGUCUCUCGGCUGAAAGCACGAAUGAACGACCAGACGUCUGAGCGCUUCUUCAUCUCAGACAGAAAGCUUGGAUUGGAGGAGGAGCCGGCAGCCAAUCCGCCCGCGAACUCCAGCCCAGUGCAGGCGAAUGCCCAGGACGAGGGAGUGGCCACCCCGGAGGCUUUCGGCGGUGAGGCAGAAGAUGAGCCUCCGGGCGCCGGGGAGGAGCCGGGUCCGAUUUUGCAAGAGUGA